UUCUUUGUAACGCGCUCGGCUCAGCCACAGUAGAAUUUGUGCGGUUUAAUUUUUAUUUUUUACGUAUUUUAUGUGAAAAUAACACAAAUUUCUUUUUAUUUAGUAUUUCUAUAAAUAUCAAACAAAAUUGCUUCCACAAUGACAGUGACGCGGGUUGCGGAGUCCCGCACCGAGUUCAAAUUGAAGAGUCUCCCCGAAGACUGCAUAUCAAGUGUGAAAUUUGCACCAAAAUCAAAUCAAUAUCUCUUGGUAUCUUCUUGGGAUUGUUCCGUAAGAUUGUACGAUGUUACUGCGAACGUGGAACGCCAUAAAUACAACCAUGAAUUGCCUGUUCUCGAUGUUUGUUUUAGGGAUGCAGUACACUCCUACAGCGGUGGUUUGGAUCAAACUCUCAAAAUGUAUGACUUGAAUGCGUCCACAGAGACGGUUCUUGGAGAACACAAAGGUGCAAUUCGCUGUGUGGAGUUUGCCAAUGAGGUGAACACGGUACUCACAGGCAGCUGGGAUGGCACGGUCAAGAUGUGGGAUAGCCGCGUGCCGAAUUGUGUUGGCACAUAUAACCAAGGGAAUGAAAGGGUCUACACAAUGAGUAUAGUUGGGGAAAAAUUCGUCGUUGGUACAUCAGGCCGUAAGAUCUUUGUAUGGGACGUCCGCAACAUGGGCCACGUGAAUCAGAGACGGGAAUCCUCACUGAAGUACCAGACCCGUUGCAUCCGGGUGUUCCCUAACAAGCAGGGCUACGUACUGAGUUCUAUAGAGGGACGAGUGGCGGUGGAAUAUCUUGAUAGUAACCCUGAGGUGCAGAAGAAGAAGUACGCGUUUAAGUGUCAUAGGAUUAAAGAUGGCGGUCUAGAAAAAAUCUAUCCGGUCAACGCAAUAAGCUUCCAUUCCGUGUACAAUACAUUCGCCACUGGCGGUUCAGACGGUUACGUUAACAUCUGGGACGGGUUCAACAAAAAGAGACUCUGUCAGUUCCACAGAUACAACACCGCCGUUUCUUCUCUCAGUUUCUCCCACGAUGGCUCAGCGUUGGCUAUAGCGUGUUCUCAAUUAGAUGAAUCCCAAAUUGAGGACCCUAAGCCGGAGGAUACGAUUUAUAUUAGAUAUGUGACCGAUCAGGAAACGAAGCCGAAAUGAGGUGUUGAAAGUUGAGCUGAGUUAUAGCUAUCAUUUUGUAGGUUAAAUAUUAUAAAGUGUAAAUAUUUUAAGGGUGAGAGUUCACACACGCACGGCUACAGCUAGCCUAUUGUUUUAUGCAAACUUAUUCGGAUUUUCGUUGUUCAAGAUAAAUGAAACCAUGAUAUAUUAUUGCAAAUUUUUGCUAAGGCAGUGAUAUUUUCAGGCGAUAGUUAAUGCUGGAAUCAGGAUUUGAAAUGAUGCCCCUCGUCUCGUUCUUGCGUGUAGCGAAUCGCGUGUCUGCCCGCCGGGCACAUCUGAUAGUCACUAGAUACAUACAUACAUAAAAUCACGCCUCUUUCCCGCAGGUGUAGGCAGAGACUACCUCUUUCCACUUGCCACGAUCUCUGCAUAUUUCCUUCGCUUCAUCCACAUUCAAAACUCUCUUCAUGCAAGCUCGGCGGUUUCGUUUGGUCACUAGAUAUUAGGUUAAUUUUGGAAGUUUGGGAAUGCGACAAAAUGACUCUUGUUAUAUAAAAUUUCUAGUUCUGUCCUUAGGAUUGUGUUACUGAGUUUUACCGCUUUUUGGGAUAUUUUGACAACUUUUUAAAGUGUUGUGUGUUUUUCCUUUAGUCUCUAUAUACUGAUGGAAAAUCAUUCAAUUCAAGCGUUUACAAUAACUUAAUUGUAUGGGAAAUCUAUAAAAUAAUUUUAUUCUUUACAAAAUGGCUAGAAUAUUACUCUACCUUUGAAAUAUUUGCACUUAUUUAUUCGGAUCUGUUCAUAUAAUCUUAAAACUUGAUUUAAUAUCAGAUUGCGAUGGGUAAGUAAAAAAAUAAGCUCUGGUUAAAGUUUAUUUUUUUAAACUCUCUUCCGAGUCACGUCGAUAUUUUACUUCAAGAAAAAUAAUAACAUAUUUCGCCAAUUUGCUGAUAAUGCUAUAACGAGGCUUACUGGUUGUUACUGGUAACAUGGAAAUGUGUGGUAAACGUAAGUUAGUAAUUAAUUACUUAUAAAUGACGACUUAUUAUUAAUAAAAAUAAUAGUUUUUA